AUGAGGACUGCACGGAAGGGGAGCGUGGAGAUGCCUGCAUUUGUCCGGCAGCUGGUGAAGGAGACAGAGAAGAGGGUCAGCUCCUUCUUCAAAGGAGGGGGGCAUGGAGGGGCAGAGCACACAGACGGGGAAAGAGAGGAGGUGAUCUCCAGCCCCUACCUGGACCGUCCCAUCCUGGACAAGUUGACUGAGGAGGGUUGCUCCUGCUGGGGCCUGACCUAUGCUCUGUGCAGCAUGCAGGGCUGGAGGGCAAACAUGGAGGACUACCACAACUGUGUGCCUCAGCUGGGCACAGGGCUGGCAGACUGGAGCUUCUUUGCUGUGUUUGACGGGCACGCGGGAAACCAAGUGGCACAGUACGUUUCACAACACCUGCUGGAUCAGGUCCUAGCUACAGGAGGGAUCGGGCCAGAGGACCACCCUGAUCGGGUGAGAGGGAGCUUCACAGAUGGCUUCCUACACACAGACAAACACCUGCUGACUGCAGCCCGCCGUGAGGGCUGGGAGCGGGGUGGCACCACCGUGACCUCCACUCUCAUCUCACCACGAUACAUCUACUUCGCCAACUGUGGAGACUCGCGUGCCAUGCUGUGCCAGGCAGGGCAGGUGUGCUUCUCCACUGAGGACCACAAGCCCUACAGCCCUCUGGAGAGGGAGCGCAUCGAGAGCGCCGGCGGCUCCGUGUCCCUGCAGCGCAUCAACGGCUCCUUGGCCGUGUCCCGAGCCCUGGGGGACUUCAGCUACAAGGGGACAGUGAACCGGCCGCCCACCCAACAGAUGGUGUCUCCGGAGCCAGAGGUGUGUGUGGUGGAGCGGUCGCCCUGGGAUGAGUUUCUGGUGCUGGCCUGUGACGGGGUGUGGGACACGGUCUCCAACGAGGAGCUAUGCGCCUUCAUCCAGAGUCGGCUGCGCGUCUGCACUGACCUCAGAGAUGUCUGUUCCCAGGUCAUUGACCUCUGCCUCUACAAGGGCAGUCUGGACAAUAUCAGUAUCAUCUUGGUCUGCUUCCCUGGCGCCCCCCAGCUCUCAGCAGAAGCAAUACACCAGGAGGCAGAGCUGGAAGACCUGCUGGAGUCCAAAGUGGCAGGUGCAGUGAUGUGGCGGUAG